UUCAAUUAAUUAAAGUGUCAGAGUGUCUAUACUGAUGUCUACUAAAUGAACAGUCUGAGUAUUGUGCAUAAAUUUCCUGAAAAUUUUGGGACAUUUUACCAACCUACAGCACUACUUUUGUUCCUGAUUAAAUGAUGGAUGUAUGGCCCAUACUCCAAUAUCGAGCACCACUUUAUAGACUUGUCCAUUUCUGUUUGGAUUGUAACAAAAGAUAAAGACUUUAAAAUUUCUGCAGGAAUCAUGAUAGUAUGUCCAAAGAGAAUGAAUGUGUGAUUCUAACUUUUACACCAAAAUUUUGCAUAAAAACAACUCUAGUCUAGUUUUAACCAAAGAAUCAAUUAUGUAAAUCUAACAAGGAGGAAGAGGUGUUCCACAUAAACCUUGGUUUCUUGAAUAAGAGCUAGAUGGAAAACCGCUGAGCGGUUUACCAGUCGGAAUCUGUCCGUUGAGGAGAUUAUCUGAUAAAUCCAAUUCUCUCAGUUUACUCAGCUUCAGAAAAUCACUUGGUAUAUUACCAUUCAAAUGGUUUCUUUGUAACUUUAGUACCUCCAAAGAACUUGCAUUUCCCAACGAGUCUGGCAAUUCUGAGUUUAAUUGGUUGCUGCUGAAAUCCAAGGUCUUCAUUAAUCCCAUCUUCCCUAUAGAUGUUGGCAAUCCAUUUUUAAGAUAAUUGUUGGAUAAAUUUAGGUACUGAAUUCCUGUUUGAGAUCCUUUGCCAAUGUUCUCAUGCCCGUUUGAGAAAAUGUUAUCAGAAAGAUCGACAUAUGUCAGAGACCCGUCUGAAAACCUGGUUUCCAACUGGAAAACCUUCUCCACUGAUCCAGUGAGAUUAUUUGAGUGAAGAUCAAUGAUACCCAAACUCUGCUUAAUGUGCUACUAUUAAUUUGAUGUUUGCAGUUGGUAGUAUAUGUUUCCAUAAAACCCUGUGUGCUACAUGUUUUUUGGAAAAUUUCCGCAGUUUCUAUUUGUGUUGCGGGGCAGAAAGUGGGUUCAUUUAAGCUACCAAUCUGUUCAAGAUGCUUCUCAAGUAUAGGCCAGAGGAUAAAGCUGCAAAGAAGGAGCGUCUUCUGAAGAAGGCUCAGCUUGAGGCUGAAGGAAAGAGUCCAGAGUCCAGCAAUAAACCCAUAGUUGUGAAAAAGGUGAAGCCGUUCACGAGAGACUUGUUGAAUUCAAACUGUAUGGUGGUGUUAAUAGUUUUGGAUAGUGCUCAAGAAUCCAUAGUCGACUGCAAGAUACCCUUACUCGGGGGAGCAAUGUGUGCAUGUACAUGGCAUUUCUUUUACAAUGCUGAGUCACUUGAGUUACUGGUGGCACUUCAAGCUGCAUUGACUGUUUCUGGUAAUGCCACUAUUUGUAUUGCUGCCUACCGCAUAUACAAGUCACAGAGUCGCUCAGAAAAUUCAUGAAGAUACUCCAACAGAGACCACAUUUAAAUAUACCCAGAAAGGAUUGGAUUAGAGGAUGGGUCAGAAGAUGUAUGUUGAAGUUUCUGAAGGAACUGUUUCAUCUGGUUUUGUAGAUAUCAGUACUAGAUCACCAUUUCUUUUCGUUGUGAUUGCUUGGUGCUUUCCGGUUAUGCUGUACAAACUUAUGUUAGUCUGGUCGAUGUUCUGGUGGUUCUCUUUUGCAUUGGUGGUGCGGAGGUGAGCUCAAUCCAUAAGUUGAACAACUACAGCUAAAUUCAGUUUUAAUCUCCCGAAACAAUUCUCAAUUAUCCUAUACUUUUGCAGUUGAUCAGAGAGGCAUCUCAAACAUAUGUAAUAAAUUAUUGUCAUGUUUAAUUAUAAUAGCUUUUAGAGCCACGGGUUCAUCAAUUUUACCGGCUCCCAUUUUUUUUACUAAUAUUUUAUGUUGAAUGUUUGCGCAAAAAAGGUUAUGGAGGCUAGUACCUAGUAACAAUGUAUUAUUACCGUAGUGAUUUUUUUUUUGUAAAAUAAAUGUACUAUUUAUAGCGCGUACUGUUAA